AUGGAAGUGCUUGCGGUUGCCACCGAGGUACUGGUGGCGCCUGAAGUCACGAUUGCCGGGGCUAUAGAAGUCGAAACGGCUGCGGCUGUGGACACAGCAGAUGUCGAGUUUGAGGCGCAGAUUCCAAACUUGUCCUGGCUAUGCGGUCUCGGCCGGCUUCUCACCGCAUACACCGUUCACGUUACAGCAUCUCCCCCACGCGGCCGAGCAUCUAAGACCCUCUGCGCCGCCGCAGGUGCCAUCUUUCGUUCACUUUGUGCCGGACGGCUGCUCGUCCUGCUUCCAGAUGUCACAGUCACCCACUUGACCAGUAAAGAGUCCGCAAAAAGCCUCGCCCGUGCCACAUCGUUCGUCCAGACUGCAGCAGUUAUCCCAGCGGCCGGCACAGACGCGGAAGGCGUGAGCCUAGCCGCAUGUGCCGACUCUCCAUCAGUAGACGACACAAAGCCCCUCCUAAAAGUGGCCUCCUCGGGUGACCUUGAGAGAGCCCGUGAUAUCGUGGCCACCGCCAUCGCCGCCUCGGCCAAGCUCAACAAGGCUCGUCUGACAAGCCCGCUGCGCAACCAGUACAAGCUCAAGCCCGGUGCCGUCAUCGGCAAGACAACUGUGGAUAAACGCCGUCGCGCCCGCCGCGACGACUCUCGCCCUCCUCCGCUCCUUGAGAUCUCUGAAGAGAUCGCGUGGGCUGCCGCGCUCCUAGCCGAGGCCGAGGCCAGAGUGCCCGGACGCAGUGUUGUAGCUCCUAGCCGGAACUUCACGCGCCGAGCCACAGCCAGAGGCUCAUACUGGAUGGAUUUCAUAGCCCUGUUCCGCAACGUGCUUGAUUACGGUGCCACUGGCAACGGCUUGACUGAUGAUACCGCCGCUAUCAAGCGGGCUAUGAACGAUGGCAGACGGUGCGGCGAGAAAUGUAACGGGUCAAGGGUGAAAAACGCCAUUGUCUACUUCCCGCCUGGAACCUACCUCAUCUCAAGCACAAUAAUCCUCCCUUUCGGCACGCAGGUUAUCGGCGACGCUAUCAACCGCCCAGUGCUAGUUGCCUCACAAUCCUUUAUUGGCCUUGGUGUGCUGUCGACGAACGAGUAUACCGCCAACGGCGGCUCCGGUCCCGAUGGGAAUGACCAGCAGUGGUAUGUCAAUACGGCCAGUUUCUACCGCCAGAUCCGUAACAUCAUUAUUGACGUACGUCCUGCGCCGCCCGCGGAGGAGGUUGCCUGCUUGCAUUACCAGGUGGCCCAGGCCACGAGCAUGCAGAACGUUGAGCUGAGAGCCGGCCCGGGCCAGAAAGGUCUCUUUGCUGAGAACGGCAGCGGCGGCGGUAUCUCCGACGUCAGCUUUGUCGGCGGCGACGUCUGUCUGUACGGCGGCGAACAGCAGUUCACAGCCCAACGGCUCGUCUUCAGUGGCUGCGAAAUCGGUGUCCAGGUCAUCUGGGACUGGGGCUAG